UCUCCGCCUUCGCGAGGUGAAUUCGACUCCCAGCACUCUUUCGGACUCUAUUCCGCGGCCACAGGUCCGCAGAAGUCUCCUGGAUCCAACAAUUACCAGCGCAUAGAGCAGAUCAAGAAGCGACAUUCCACCCAUUCCCUGGACUACGAGUACCACCAGAUAAACGAGUUCCCGCAAAAUGAGAAACGUAAAUCUCUUGGUCGAUUGUCCAACCGAGGGUUUGAAUUUCCUGACUUCCGUCCGCUUAUCAACACCAAAUUCAAUAAUUCACCAGUGCCUAAUUCAGCGAAGAAGAAUUAUGAAAAUGGGUUUGAUUACGGCGAUAAUUAUAAAAAAUUGUUCACCGAACACAUCAAGACACUUGACGAUAUUGAUAAAUGCGGAAGUAGUGAAUAUUUAACUGGUAGCACCGGUACGCUUAACAACAACGACUUGUUGACAGACAGUGCUACGUCGUUGAACACCAACAGGACGACUCAGUCCUACAAUAUCGCGCCUAUUUGGUGUGUAGACUACCAGGACAAUAUUAUUGUCGUCGGGUGUGCCAAUGGAGCGCUGGAGUUCUGGGAAGGCACUACCGGGCUGUUGAAGUGCUUCUUCGACGACGGGUCUGGUCUAGGUAUAUCUGCAGUAAAAUUAGUAUACAAUAGAGUAGUAGCAGCGAAAUUAAACGGCUCCGUGGAUUUCCUGGAGCUGGAACAGCACAGUGAAGGUCACCACGUGGGCUGGGGUUUCACUUCAGGUCGCAGGACACAUGUGAGGACAGGAAGCGCUGGUUCGCCGAUGGACCUCAACCUGCAACCUCCUGCCAAAGAAGAGUUUAGGUGCAUUAAAAAAGGGUCACACAGAGCGCACCAGCAAGCCAUCACUGUUUUGGACAGCGAAGGUGGUCGCGUGGUCACGGGUAGUCAAGACCACACGCUGAAGGUAUUCAGACUAGAGGACCUCGUUCCUAUGUACACGCUGCAUGGACACUGUGGUCCCAUUUCUUGCCUAUUUAUCGAUAGAAUCAGUCCUAUGACCUCAGGCAGUGGCUCACAGGACGGACUUCUUUGUGUCUGGGACUUACUUAAUGGUACUUGUGUGUACAGCAUACAGGCACACGAUGGUGCAAUAGCUGCAAUAACUUGUUCAGCGUCUUAUGUAAUAAGCAUUGGCACUGACGAGAGACUUUGUGUUUGGGAGCGUUUUCAAGGCCAUCUUUUGCAUACCCUACCUGCUCAUAGGGCGGCUUACAGUCUUCAA